AUGUCUGCUCACUUGAUGUGGUAUUUCGAUUCGUUGUGCGCUGAAUUGCAGAUUGUCCCUGCUCCAGAAUUGUCCGGAGAGCAGAGUCGUGCCAAGCGCAACCAGCUAAGGCGUGAGCGUGCGGAGUUUGUGAAUACUGUGCCAGUUGAACUCAAGGCCAAGGAGUGCCAAAAACUACUGAGGGUUCUGAACAGCCAGAAGCACGACAAGAACUGUUGGCCUUUCCGGAAGCCUGUGCGGGUGCUGUUUCCAGCACUUUCGACGGACUAUUUCGAAAUCAUCAAGACACCCAUGGACUUGACGACGAUUGCAGAGAAGCUCAAUGAGUUCGAGUACAAGGCGCACGGAGAAUUUAUCCGGGACGUGCGAUUGACCUUCGAGAAUGCAAUGAUAUACAAC